CGCAUUUCAAAUAAUUGAGAAGAAUUAAUUAGUUUCCACCGCAAUCUCCCCACAAGUGAUAAAAAGUUUGGGACAAUUUAGUUUGAAGGAACCAAAGUACGUAGAAGGAUAACAAGUAGAUAGGCUCGCCGCCUCCAAGGUGAUUCAAUUUCUUGAGCUAAAGAAAAACUAAGGUUUGGCAUAAUAUACGUAAGCUACUAAGCUGGAAUUGGCGUCUAAACUAGAAAUUGAUGCUGUUUUUGGAAACAUGACAGAAUCAAAAUUUUGGUAGUGGGACCGUCGCCCGUCGGAAAGAAUACCAAAGAGUAAUUAGGAUCGUUCAAUAAGUUGUCGAUGGUUAUCAUCAUCUACGAAAAACUAAGUGAUUAUGAUUAAUUUAUUAGGACUAUGUUACUAAAAGAUUGACCGUUUCGGUAUUAGAUAUCAUUUUGAAUAUGUAACACAAAUUUUUGUUGGAUAAUUGUUGGCUCAAAGUUGAUAACAUGCAUGCUGCAACCCUCCAAAACUGUUCAAUAAACUUAAUUAGGAACAUUAAAACAUUUCUAUGCAUCUAUUGUAAGUACAUAACUAUUAUUUUUUGCACGAACUGAAUCAUAAAAAUAAGCAUUAGAGUUGUUAACUUUUCAUGCUUUAGGUUCUAGUAGAGAAUCAAAUAAUACUAUUAAGAGACAUUAAGAAUUGGUGAGGUCUGUGAUGGCAACUAAAUAAUUAAAAAAAGUCAGAGAGGAUAGACAUUAGAGGAACGGAAAGCUAGCGAAGGAAGAAAAGAGGACUCUUUCCAAAGACGAAAACAAAAAUUAAUUAAGACCACACACAUAGCCAUAAAAGCAAAUAUCCAUCAACAUCAUUGAAAACUCUCCAUAGUCAAACUUCAUGACUUGACUUGGAGCAAAUCAAACCAACCAAACUCUCUUCCCUCACUCACUCACCAUCUUACAAUUAAUUAGAAAGUAUGAAAUGAUAUCAAGCCCAAAUAAAAGUCACCAAGAAAACAAAUCAUAUGCUUCUACUCCCUAUACUAUGUUAUUUUGACAAACACAUCCUUGUAUCCUUUAACUUAAACGAAGAAUUAAGCACCUUAUAUCCUUUGCCGUUUAUCCAUUUUUUAUCCCUUCGUUAAUUUUUUAUCCAUUGUAUGAUUCAACUGAUUGAAAGCUUGAAAUUUCCAAUUGUUCACCUAUAUUAGAGUUCCAAACCCACGUAUCCUUUUUCUUGUUUACGGGUGCAUGUGCAUUCGUCAUUUAGAGUUUAACGGGAUUAAGACUGAUUAUUGAUGUCAAACUAUCGGACAAAAGAUAUCAUUUGAAUAUGCAUGACAUGUGAGUAACCAAGGAGACAUGCGUGUGUGCAUGCAUGCGUAACAUAAGCUCAUAAAUCUUUAGCAAAUGGACUAAAAUGGGUAAAUUACAUAGUACAAUACUUAUUUGUUAAAAAGCAUUACAUGAGGAUAUAUUUAGUAAAACAAGAUAGUAUGGGGACUCAAAUGAUAAUAAGCCAUUAAAAAAGCGCUUUAAUUAGAGACAUAACUUUUGCUGUCUUCUCCGGUUUGAAAAUCUAGCUUCUGUUCAAUGCAAGUGGGCGGGCGCCCUAUAUAGAGCAGCUAACCGCCCACCAAUUUUCUUCAUUCAUUUCACUCAUUCAAUAUUCCUUUCUCGAACGUUUCAUAUCUGGCCUUAUUAUCCUCUUCGAGUUCAAGACUAAACCAGCAAAACCGAAAAAGGAAAACCAGGCCAACAGAAAUGAAUACUAGUACUUAUACUGCUUGCUGCGAUGAUGCUGAUGAACACAGAAAGGAAGAAGAAGGUGGGGAAGGAGAAGAGGGAGUAGAAGACGAUGACGACGACGACGUUUCGCUUCCCGGGUUCCGAUUCCACCCUACCGAUGAAGAGCUGCUGGGCUUCUACCUACGGAGGAAGGUGGACAACAAGCCCCUUACCAUCGAGCUCAUCAAGCAAGUUGAUAUCUACAAAUACGAUCCCUGGGAUCUACCAAGGCCAAGUGGGGAUGGGGACAAAGAGGGAUACUUCUUCUGCAGGAGGGGGAGGAAGUACAGGAACAGCAUCCGGCCCAACCGGGUGACCGGGUCUGGGUUCUGGAAAGCAACCGGGAUCGACAAGCCGGUCUACUCAGCGGGUGGAUCGAAAGACUGCAUUGGGCUGAAGAAGACGUUAGUUUACUACCGCGGAAGCGCCGGGAAAGGCACCAAGACAGACUGGAUGAUGCAUGAAUUCCGCCUUCCCACCCCGGAAACUACUGCCGCCGCCGCUACCAACGUCAUUUUUGCCCACGUCGCCUCCUCCUCCUCGGCCUCCACCCAAGAAGCUGAGGUAUGGACAAUCUGCCGAAUCUUCAAGAGAAGUUCCUCCAACAGAAAGUACACUCCAGACUGGAGGGAGCUGUCCACGUCAUCCAAACGCCCCGCCACAAAUUACACCCUCACUUCUACCACCGCCACCGCCACCACUUCCAACAACAACAACAACAACAUCCCAUGCAGUAGCAGUAGUACCACGUUAAUGGAAUCCUCCAAUUACAACUACUACACCUCAUCCUCGUCAGGUAAUUACUACACACGUGGCCAACACCUCAUCGACUUCUCUGCUGGCCCCCACCACCACGUGGACAUGAAGCCAUCCCCAGCCGCCCUCGUCAGCAGCCACGUCGCAGCUGCUGCCGCAUCAUUCCCGUCGUCGUCGUCCAUGGCAGCUUCCUCGUCCAACACGUCGAGCCCGUACGGCAGCGAGCAUAAUAACAUUAAUAACGUCCAUCAUCAUCAUCAUCAUCAUCGUGAUGAAGAUCAGCUAUUACCUUUAGGGGAUUUCGACGAGCUUAGAUCUGUGGUGGAGUUCGCUUUGGAUCCCUCCAACUCCCUUCUGUGAAUAUAUAUAUAUAUAUAUAUGUAUGUAUGUAUGUAUUAUGAGCACGCUCGAGCCAUUUUCAUAUAACCUUAAUUAAGCUCGCGUGCGUUAGACGACUGAGGGGGGAAUGGUAUAUAGAUACGUAUAUAACGUAUGUAUGGGUAACUGGUCUGUAAUUUAUAUGGCUUUAUAGGGUAGAAAUAAUUAAUGUCACACAUUACUUUUAACUUAAUUACAUCUACCUACAUACAUAUACAUUCAUGUAGAUAUGCAUGCAUUAGUUUCAUCACUGAAACUUAUUUGCUCAGUAAAUUAUCCAUCUAACUUCUUACUUUCUAUUGAUAUUCUUAAUACUGUUGGGUCGACUUACCAACACAGAUCAAUUCAACACGUCUUCAAAGUUGUCUAAUUUUUAUAUCGCCAACCAUUUUUUGGCUUGUUUCGACCUUCGAAUGUCCCAUAACCUGCCCCCAACUUCCCACACGUACUAGGACUCAAAAUGUGGCGAAAGAAGCAUAACCUAGCUAGCGUAAAAUGGGUCGAGGAACAAGAUUACCAAGUCAAAUAAUCAAAGAUAUAAAAGGGUAAAAGAUGUACAGUCACGCCGAAUCAUUGACCGAUUUUUAUGAAUGUUAUUAUUCACAAAUUUUGAAGGCUAUCCGUCACAGAUUUUGGCCGAUUUUUGAGAAUGCUAUUUUUCACCCAUUUUGAAGGCUAUCCACCACAUAUUCAGGCCAUUUUUUAGAAUGCUAUUUGUAACUGAUUGAAGGCUAACUAUCACAGAUUUUGGCCAAUUUUGGGGAAUGCUAUUUUUCACAUGUUUUGAAAGCUAUCCAUCACAUAUUUUGGCGAUUCUUUUGAAUGCAAUUAUUCACCAAUUUUGAUUGCUAUCCAUCAUAGAUUUUGGCAAAUGUUUUUGAGUGCUAUUAUUCACCGAUUUGGAAGGCUAUCCUCAGAAACUUUUGUCUUUUUUUGGGAAUGCUAUAAUUCACUUAUUUUGAAGGUUAUCUAUCACAGAUUUUGACCAAUUUUUUUAAUGCAAUUAUUCACAAAUUUUAAAAUUAUAUUAUUCACCGAUUUUGAAGACGGUCCCUUACAAUGUUUGGCCGAUUCUUUUGACCCACCCGUUUACCAUCCUUGUUCAAGAGUAAACACAAGCAGAAACAAAGAAGGACCCAGGCUUUCGUUUCUUGGGCCUAUCCAGAUCUCUUUUUACCCAUCCAAUAGUCAACUUCUAUUAUACGAUCUCUUAUGUAAUCCUAACUAAAUGAUCGAGUUGAUU